CCCCGUCUUUCCUCGUUCUCUCACACUCGCCGCGUUUUUUUCCAUUUGGAAGCUCUCUCUCGCGCAGAUUUCGUCAUCAAUCUCCUCUUCCUAACCCUAAACCUAGUUUUCAUCCCGAUUUUCUGCACCCUGGUUCUAUUGCGUAUCGUUCANCAGAUGGCAGCAAAGCCCCUCACAAGUGAAGCAAUUGCUCUAGCUGAGAAGAAAAUGGACAUGACUUUAGAUGACAUUAUCAAAAUGUCAAAGACUAAUGCUAUGAAGCCUAAGAGGCAAAGAAUAUCUCAUAGUGGUAAAAAAAUUGUUAACAAUGCUUCCCAAGAUAACUCUUUCAAAGUCCGAAGGUAUAUGGACACAAGAUCGUCUCUUAGACAGGGAACCCUUACUCUUCGGAGGUCAAACUUUAAGGUCAAUCAGUUUCCUUUGGGAAUUGAGGCCGCUAGAAAGGCUGCUUUUGCUCCGAUUCGCAGUAGAGCCUUUAAGCAAAGUAGGCCAUUCAGUGUGAAUAAACCAAGGGCUGGGGCCCCGACCAUCCAGAAGAAUCCUGUGAAUGGAGGUGGCUUUACUGUGAAGAAACCACUGCAACAAAUCAAUAUAGGCCCCAAGCAGAAUCAUCAAACGUUGGACUCGCUAUUUGCUAACAUGAAGGAAGAAAGGAAGCGGGUUUUGUCUCAACAGAAUAAUUGGUCAAGAAGAAAUGGAGGCAACCAGCCUAGAGUACCUUGGGCAAGAGGUCAUCUGCACAAUUAGUAGUGAUAAAGGAAAAAUGUAGUCUGUAUGCAUGUUCUUGGUAACUAGGAGAUAUUAGAGCAUGACAGCAUGAGUUCCAUGUUUCUGUGAAGAUGCAUGGCUGUCUCUGGCAUAACAUUCUUUUAUAUUGAUUGAUAGUUUCGAUUUUGUAUAUCAUUUGCUUAUGAUUUUGCUGGAACCUGUGAUGAAUUGAAAUGGGGUUGUGAAUAGAUCUGUCUUUUUAAUCAA